UUUCUUUAUCCUAAUAAUUUACAACAUUGGGAAUACCAUAUGUAAUUGUUUUGUUAACAAACUUGCUUCAGUUCACCUAAGUAUGGGCUAGAGAAAUAGUGUUUGAAGCCUUACUGAAAAAUCUGUUUCAUUCGUCUGUUAAAGAUGUAAAAAGUUGGGUUGGUUUUCACUUCAGAGGUGAUUUCCUCCAAAAGUGCAAAUGUGUAAAGCCUUUUCUUCUUUAUUAAACACCGUAUAGUAAACCAUUCUUAUCUAAUCUAUUAAUUUCGAAAAUCGAUGAGAUUGAUAGCAUUACAUUUAAUAUGGGGAUGGUUAUAGAAUUGGUUCUCUUGAGUGGCUUAAUUAUAAUAUUUAUUGCUUCUUUCUGUGGAUUGCUGCAAAAGAUUAGAAGGACUUAUGAACAAGACAGGGAAUAUACCGCAAGGAUGACAAAUGUUUCAUCACCACAACUUUCUCUUACUGAAAUUUACAUAAAUCCAACAUUUACUGAAAACACUGAAAAUCAUUCCGUGAGUCAGGGAGUGUUUCCUUGCGCCCCUCCACCAUAUACAGAAGUAUAUUGUGAACCACCUCCAAAAUAUGAGGACAUUAUCAAAAAUCGAGACUUCAGGGUACCUGUACACGUUAGCAACUGAAUAGAUAAGAAAAGAAUGGUGAAAUAAUUGAGUACCUUUUCUUUAUGAAGAAUGAAAACGUUUCGUUGGAAGAGAUUUUUUACGAAAUUUAGUCUAGUCUCAUCGGCUUAAGUAUGUACAUACAUACGCACUUUGAUCAAAUUUGCUUUAAUUUAAUAUUAAGCUAAUUACAUGUUUAUUUUUGUAAUACAAGCCGCUAACACAAAUUUUGACGUAAAUAGAAAUGCAGCUGGGCAGAAAUAAUGACUAAAAAUAACAAAUUGUAAUAAAACUUUUGUAGCGUCAAGUCGAAAAAUUACUAUUGUUGUGAGGCAUACUGGAUGUCAAAAAUUGUGUUCAAGGUUUAUUAACCAGGUUUUAUUACAUUGGUUUAGUUUAUCUGUAGUUAUCAUUCGCCAUUUAUUUUUUGAAAUGACUGUGUGCGAAACUGUUCUUCACUCAUUUGAUGAUAUUACAUUAACUGCGUUACUGUUCGUAAAGAAUUUAUUUGUAAAGGCUUUAUACAUUUAUGUCUUAUCUAUUAAACCUACUUGGUUCUAUUUCACAAUGUAAUAAAAUUGUCUCAAUGUAAUUGUAUAAAUAAUGGAAAUAAAUAUAACGUGAUGUAAUAUUUUUUCAA